CAGUCUGUGUUAUUUGAGUGUCAGAAGCAUCUGCGGGCAGAUUGUGUUUCUAGAUUCGGUAACAUCAGGGACACCCUCCUCAAACCUUUCUUAGAAAUAAAAUGCUGUUUGAAGACUGUUAUGAAGAUAAAAACCCAAAGUUUUAAGAAUGAAGAUAGGUAUGGACAAAACACAAAACGAAUAAUUAAAAAAACUUCACCCAAAAAUGAAAAUUCUGUCAUCAUUCACUCACCCUCAGAUUGUUCCAAACCUCUGUUAAGUUCUGCUGGACCCAAGGGAAGAUAUUUGUAAGAAUGUCACAAAGCAAACUGAUUUCAUCCCCCAUGAACUGCUAUAGUUUGGAAAAUAAAUACCAUGAGAGCCAAUGGAGGGAUCUGUUUGUUCAAAUGUUGUCAGGUUCGGAAUAAUCUGAGUAAAUAAUGACCAAAAAAAUUUUUUGGGGGUAAACUGUCCCUUUUUAAAUACAUUAUUCCCACGUUUUAAACGGCUCCAUAACAAAAGUGUUUUGACAUUGUCUGAAUGUAAAAGCAGAUGUGAUAUCUGUAUGGUUAAUAAAGUCACAUCUGAAACUCUGAUGUCAACAGGAGUUUGUCUUCACGUGUCUUUGUUCUUCUUAUGAGGUGGAAGACUUUAGAUUUGGAGCGAUGGCUGUGAUGAGCUCUGGAGCACAAUCUGACUUCAGAUCUGAUUCUGUGUGGAUUUACAGAACAGAAAAGAAUCCUUCAGAAUUUACUCACCCUCAAGUCGUUCCAAACCUGUGUACACGUCUUUGUGAAAAGAAGAAGAUAUUUUGAAGAAUGUUCUAGAAUCUAACUAAAUGUUUUUUGACCGUCAUAACAGUACCGUAGGAUGUUUUCCUACUAUUGUAAACUCACACAGGUUUGACAUGCUGUGAGGAUGAUGACCAAGUUGUUUUCAGAUUUGUCUUCAUUGAUCUGAAUGUAGCAUUUACAUCUGUACUGACAGAAUAGCACAUUUUAUAAUGCUACUUCUGUCCCAGUUAUGUGACGGUGUGUGUUUCACAGUAAUGUUCUCUAUGAUUAUUAGUCGAGUCAUGCAGGAUCAGACGGUGGAUCAGCCCACAUCUCUGUCGCAGCUCCUGAGAGACAGUUAUCUGUCUGAUGCUCAUCACCGACAUGCUGAAUCCAGCUGCUUAGAUUCCCCUCGACGUCUGGUGUACGGAGCUGUGAAAGAGAAAGCCGACCCUUCUGCUGAAAGACCGGAUGCUCCGUUCCCGGAUCUGUCUGCUUUCUUGAGUCAGGAGGAGUUGGAUAAGAGCGUGGAUUUGGCCAGCAAAGCCUUCAGCCACGAGCACAAAUCUGAGGGACAUCAUUCCAGCGUUCCAUCAGACAAACUGGCCGUCGAGACCCCGGCCCAGCCAUGCGUCCGAGACAAGUCGGUGAGGAACAUCAGAACGUCAAGGGAACCUCCUCCAGACUUCAAAAGACCCUCGAGAAACGCUCCGUACGGUGUAGAGCCACAAUCUAAGAAAGAGUUCCUCAACAAGGCGGCUGAUUUCAUCGAGGAGCUUUCUUCUCUCUUCAAAGCCAACAGUUCCAAGCGAAUUCGGCCUCGUUCUUGUAAAGGCCAUCGCAGUCGACACCAGAACAAAGCCCAGCUGGACGCCUCUUCAUACUCCUCUCACUCUGAAGACAGAGAAAGAGCGAACGAGCAACCCUUAGAGUCUGACAAACCCAUGGAUGGAGUCUUAGAGAAAGUUUGUAUGGAGGAGGAGGAGCCACUGGAGUGUCCGUGUGAAAGUCAACGUGAGAAGCCGGAGGAACCUGCCAUGUGUGAACCUCCACAAUUUAUUCAGAAACUCAAGAGCCGAGAGGUUCCAGAGGGCAGUAAGGUCCAGAUGGACUGUGUCGUGAGAGGACUGCCCACACCUGAAAUCAGGUGGUUUUGUGAGGGUAAAGAGCUGGAAAACAGUCCUGAUAUUCAGAUCAUCAGUAUUAGAGAUCGACACUCUUUGAUCAUCGCUGAAGCUUUUGAAGAAGACACAGGAAGAUAUUCCUGCUUCGCCUCCAACUUCUGCGGGACAGACUCCACAUCGGCCGAAAUCUACAUUGAGGGUGCAUCAUCAUCAGAUUCUGAAGGAGAGCAACAUCUUCCAGCCCAGCUUCAUAACAGAUCUCCUCCGCCCCAGACUGAUGUGAUCUCAGAAACACCCGACACGUUUCUUCAAGACUCCACACCAACAUUGACAAUCUCCAGCCUUGAACAGCAAGCAGCUUCAGCGUCUCACACCCAGAUGACCUUUGACCCGGAAGAUACAGAACAUCUGACAUGUGUGUUUAUCAGCCCUCAAAUAGCUGAGCAAGAAUCCACAUCAGAAGUCCAGCAGACGGCCCUGAUAGAGCCCACUCCCACUGAAUCUCCAGCAUCACCUCCAGAUACAUCAGACACACUGUUAACAUCUCAACAGAGCAACACUGAGGAUCUAAAUGGCAGCAGUAGUUUUCUUCAAAGCUUCGACGUCAGACCCAUAAUGGCAGUUCCUGUGUUUACAAAGAAUCUUCAGGAUGAGGUUCUGGCACAAGAGGGUCAGCUGGUGGUGCUGGAGUGCCAAGUGAAAGGUGUUCCCUCCCCUAAAGUGGACUGGUACAGAGAGGGAACACUGAUCGAUGAUUCUCCGGACUUCAGGAUCCUCCAGAAGAAGCCAAGGUCCAUGGCUGAGUCUGAGGAGAUGUGCACGCUGGUCAUCGCGGAGGUCUUUCCGGAGGAUUCUGGAACAUUUACUUGCACAGCCAGUAAUAAAUACGGCACAGUCUCUAGUAUCGCAGGGCUGAGGGUGAAAGGAUGCAACAAUAAGAGCUCAAAAGCAACGAGCCUGAUGACGGAAUCAUGUCAUCAAAAGGUUCCAGCUACAUCAUCUUUGAAGUGUGAAGAUGUUCCUCUGCUAAACCACAAACUUCACUCGAGUGUGCUUUCUCUUGACCCUCUAAGGUCAGGCUCAACACAGUCAGACACGCAGAGCAAUGGAAGUGGACUUCGACAUGACCUCACCACUAGCCUGCCCAACCUAAACCCGCUCAGUAUUGGACAGCUCCACUCAGAUACCUUCAGAUCUAGUUUACCUCGUUUAGAUUCGCUCAGCUUCAGUGUUCCUCAAUUUGAGCUGAUGAACUCUGACUCUAAACACCGACCUCUCAAAACUUUCUCAUCACACAUUGAUUCAGGCGACUCUGGUUUUAAGUCUUCCACAGACGUGACCCAAUGUCUACCCAAUGGAUCAGCCUCCACCUUUAGCUCUGAUGUGGUUUCCUGGGUUGAACCGUUACAAAACGUUCAGGUUGGGUCAAAAUCAAGCCCCGACCCCCCGCCAGAAGAUUCCAGUAACCAUCACGAGCGUCCCCCUCUUAAUCCCCAACCGGAUCCUCCGACCUCUUGCCUCAAAACUAGAUCUGAGAGGCUGUUAGUCAAUCACAACGAGUCACGCUCCAGUUCUCGAGUGGGUCUCCGGGUGACCUUUAAACUUCCAGAAGAUGAAGAGGACGAAGAGAAAUCCAACAAAGCACCACCGCCAGUGUUGGCUAAACCAAAGUUAGACCCGGUGCAACUUCAGAUUCUUCACAACCAGGUGCUUCUGGAACAGCAGCAGGGCAAAGUCUCUCCAAGUCAAGAGUCUCCACAUUCUGACAGCACAAGUUUUGAGGCACCGUUUGUCAUGCCGCUUCAGUCUUCUUCAAAUUCAGGGUCUUCACAGCUCAGAACUCCCCGUGUCAUGAACUCUACUCCAGUUCCACAGUUGAUUUCUGCCUCUGUUCCUGUACAGCCUUUAGCACCUGUACCCCAGUUGAGUGCAUCUUUGCCCCUUCUUAGUACAUUAGCCAACGCUUUAUUCAACAACCCCCAAACACCUCAACCAAACCUCGUCUCUAAUGCUUUGUUAAAUAGUAUUCCACACAGUGUGGUUCCCUCUAGCUUCAUAACCCAGACGACAGUGAUGCCACUGCCGGCCCCUCAGAUCAUGUCACCAGUGACUCAACUCAACAUGGCUCCGCUUGCCCCGAUGCCAUUCAGCCCUCUAACAGCAGCGCCUCCCAUCAUCCCUCUGGCUCAAUCAAAUCAGUUUAUCCCAGCUUUUCCCACCCAACCAAACACCAACAGCAUGUUCAAUAUGCCCCCCUUGAGCCCCCCCACUCACAUAUCUCAAAGAAAUAUGAACCCUACGCCGCAGAUGAACUCUGUUCCCUUCAGUGAAACAGUCAUGACUGUUGUUAAAACACAGCCACCGAUAACACCUGAUGCAGCAGCGGUAAACAACACUGUAACUAAGGUAAACACCACCCCGGUUACUCGCCCGGUCACGUUAAUACAAGACACAAAGUCUCAAAGUGUUGCAUGGAUAAGUAAGGUCACGUCCCCUCAAGUGUUAAAUGGUCCCUCACCUGCACCGGUGUCUGUUCCACCACUGAACUCCACCACCCAGCCUCCUCUUCCUGCCAUGAUUCCCAUCUCCACCCAGAGCUUCAGCUACACCAGACCAAAGGAUUUCAUUGCUGCCCAGACCCUGUCUCCCCUCAGGAGUCCUUCUCCAACGGAGUCCCCCGUUCCGAUGCUUCAUGAAUUAGCUGCGCAGAUCUUCCCAAAGUCAACGCGGCAACAGAUGUCACCCGUUAACCAGUUUGCCCCAUCCCAGAGAAAGUUGCCAACAAGGAUCCUGGAAUGUCCACGCAGCCCGCCGGCGUUCAUGUCCUCACCCCCUCUAGUUCCUCCUGGCCUAGUCUUUGCUUUUAGACCUCAGUCACCACCACAGGCUUCUUCACCCACCUCAAGCAGCUCCAGCCCCAGUCCCAUCCAAAAUCCAGUGGCCUUCCUCAGUUCUGUCCUGCCCUCGCUGCCAACAUCUCCUCCCACCAAUGCCAUGGGACUGCCUAAGAGAGCUCCUCUCGGACCUCAAGGUGCACUGAAGAAGAACCCCAGAGGUCUGCGGACAAUGUCAGAGGACGACAUUCGAGACAGCAGGGAAACACUGCUGCAAGAUAUUGAGAAAAAACUACAGUUAAAAAAUGAAUCAUUUCGUUUUGGACAGCAGAAGGUGAGCUGGCCGCUCGGAUCAAAUGUUCCCACUGCGACUGUCAUUAACUAUCAUGAGGAAUACAAGAUGUCAAACUUUGAGCAGAGACUUUUGAGUGAGAUUGAGUUUCGAUUGGAGAGAACGCCGGUGGAAGAAUCAGACGAGGAAGUUCAACACGAUGAAAUUCCCUCUGGAAGAUGUAUCGCACCCAUCUUUGACAAGAAACUCAAACACUUCCGGGCGGUGGAGGGAGCUCCAGUCACGUUCACCUGUAAAGUUGUUGGAAUUCCAGUGCCAAAGGUCUACUGGUUUAAGGAUGGAACACAGAUUUUGAAGAAGAACCAACACUAUCAGAAGAUCAGAGAAGGUGACGGGACGUGUUCUUUACACAUAGAAGCUGCCGGCAGUGAUGAUGAUGGAAAUUAUACCGUCAUGGCAGCCAAUCCACAGGGCAGGAUAAGCUGUUCCGGACACUUGAUUGUUCAGACGGGUCCUGUGAGAAACCGGCCCGUGGUUCACUCUCAGAGAGUCCGGGCGCGUGUCCAGGAGGUGGAAGGAGAGCUGGCGCAGGAGCGAUUCUUCCGUCCUCACUUUCUACAGGCACCUGGAGACAUGUUCGCUCAUGAAGGCCGUGUCUGUCGAUUAGACUGCAAGGUGAGCGGAUUACCUCAUCCCGAGAUCAUGUGGCUCCUCAACGGAAGGCCCAUAUAUCCUGACGUCAGCCAUCGGAUGUUGGUGAGAGAGAAUGGGGUUCAUUCUCUGGUUAUCGAUCCUCUGACUCAAGCCGAUGACGGGACGUACACCUGCAUCGCCUCCAAUAAAGCGGGCCAGAGUUCUUUCUGUCUGGAGCUGAGAGUCGUGGAGAAAGAGAUGAAACAAGCGCCGCAGUUUGUGGAGAAGCUGCAGAACACAGGCGUGGCAGAAGGAGCGCCGCUGCGUUUGGAAUGCCGCGUGAUUGGAAUGCCACAACCGGUCAUUUACUGGAAGAAAGAUAACGACACCAUCUCUCACUCCAAAGAGAGACUGAGCAUGCACCAGGACGCCACAGGAUAUGUCUGUCUUCUGAUUCAACCCACCAGAAAAGAGGACGCUGGCUGGUACACCGUUUCCGCCAAAAACGAAGCCGGUAUCACGUCAUGCACAGCAAGAUUAGACAUCUACGCUCAGUGGUAUCAGCACGUCCAUCCGCCCAUGAGGAAAACACAGCUGACCGGAAGCUGUUACGCAGCUCUGAGCCAUCAGGGUCUGGAUAUCAAAUCUGCUUUUUCUACCUGUGACGGCGGUCCUGUCAUGUUCUCUGCUUGUCGGUCAGAAAGUGAGCAGCUGUAGAUGCCUGCUGAGGGUUUAAAAGCCAUCUAUAACAAUUAAACAUCAAUGCCCAACAUACUGACACAUGACUCAUCGUGGAUUGAAAGGAAUAAUAUAGAUGUCUUUUAGUAGAGAGGAGCAGCUGAGUUUUAAAUGCGUCCUGCUGGCACAAUAUUUACAUGUGCACAUGAUGAGAAUAAUGUUCUCUGUAGAACUCUUCAUCUUUUUUAUCUGACAUGUCUAUUAGACAAUCAACUCUUAAACGAAAUAAGACUCAAGCUAUUUGUGAUGUUUUUUUGCCACAUAAAGUGUACACGUACUGCUUCUCUAUAGGUUAUAAUAAAGCAUGUGUCAGAUGUAUAGAGAGACUAUAUAGAUACAUAUAUAUUUAUAAAUUACCAUACUAGUUGUUGUGUCAGCUGACUUGUUUACUUGUCUCUCCUUUCAGACUGUGGUUAUGAAUCUGUGAAUAGAAUAAAUACAAUUUACAACAUGUUUUGUAGAUUUACCAAAUUCUGUGUGUAAAUGUGUGAUCUGAUUCUGACCAACACCAGCUGUAAUAAUCACAUUUGAUUCUGUUUAAAAUAAGAGGAAAACUCUUUUAUGCCGCAUUUUAUGAGGAACGAAAAGGUUUAUUUAAUAUAGUUACGGAAGAUGAAAUAUGCUGC